AUGGCUGCCCUAGAGUUGCCGUGUAAACAAGUACAAAUCUUUUUCCGGGUAUUACUCGAAAAGAGCUCCGCGAGUUCUGGCGCGCGCAGCGCGCGCCUCUCUUCGCGGAUCUCUCUGAAACUUUGCAAGAGCACUCCAUACUCUCCUAUGCACACGCAUACCAAUUUUCGUGAGAAAAUUUGAACGUCGCGUUACCGUGCAGCGUCGGCCUCUCUUUGAGCAUCAACGACGAGCAGAGCUCUCCUUCUUGAGCGAUUUUGUGACUUAAGGACAGCG